AUGACUUCACGCAAACCUCGCAGACCGAACAAUCACAAUCCAGUCAACCUCACCGACUAUGAAUCAGAUACAGCUUAUUAUUCCGACAUGCCGCAGCAGCCUGCGCCACCUCUACGCUCGAAUGAGGAGCUCAACCUUUCAGUCAUCCGCCGCCACAAACCCUCAGUGACCUCUAUUCUCUCACUUGCCCCAUACGCCGUUGUCUAUAUCUUCAGUCCAACCACAAAACAAUGGGAAAAGAAUGGCGUUGAAGGUACUCUCUUCGUCUGCCAAGAAGCGCAGGGCGAACUCGGCGAAGAUCGCUACACUGCCUUUGUCCUCAACCGCCGCGGACUGAAUAACUUCGACCUCCCCCUCACCGACGGCGAGAACGUCGAAAUUACAGAAGAAUACGUGAUUCUCAAAGCCGACGAAACUAUCGAAGGCGAAACUGGCCAGCAUGGCAUCGCCGACCCCCUCCACCCAAAUGUCCCCAGCAACCAAGGCAGCUCGAACAAUGUCCGCAUCUACGGUCUCUGGAUCUACUCCGAACCACCGCCAAACUCUACCGCCGAAAGCCGUACGAUCAAUGCCAAGAUGAUUGAGGAAUGUGCGACCCAUGCCGGACACAGCCUGAGAUUGGCUCGCGAGCAACUUGAGGCCAUGCGCCAGAGCAAUAUGCAUGCGGCGGCGGCCGCCGCUUCCACACAAGCGGCACCUCUGCAAGAAGUUCAGUCCAGUGUACCCAUGGGGCGCCAAAUCUCACUGAAGGAUUUGUUUGGCCAGCAGCGUGCCCACGACGACGCUUGGAGUGUGCAUGCGCAUCAUCUUGGCCUCGAGUAUCAGGGGGGUCCCCCGCAGCCACAGCAUACAUAUGGGGGUACUGCGAUGCCUCGAAAUAUCCCCGCACCUCCUCAUCCACCACCACAGCCACAGUCAGAUGUGCUAGGAGACCUAUUUCGGCGAGCAGGGUUGGCUUAUCAAGGCCCUGGACAAGGGCAGUAG